AUGGUCUUUGGAAUCCACAGGAGACAUGAAAAGGGAGAGGAGAAGCUGCAGCUGGAGUUCCCUCAUGGCAACCCUAAGGAUUGGAACCCUGACAGUGGGGAAGGCUACAACUGGGAAGAUCUUGAAGUUGAAGAACAUUGUCAAAAUUCUCGAAAACAUGGAAGCUCAAAAUGCAUUGAUGAUCAUUACAUGCUUAUAAACACACAUACCUCAAUGGCAGGUGUGAAAGAAGUCAUACUACAGAGAAAUCACCUGAACACACUCAGUGUGGUCAAGUCUUUGUACAUCAUAGUCAUCCGCCAAAUACAUAAAAGAACACAUUCUGGAGAGAAACCCUAUGAAUGUAAUCAGUGUUGUAAAUCCUUUGCUUAUCACAACACUCUUCAAAGGCAUAAAAGAACACAUACAGGAGAGAAACCCUAUGAAUGUAAUCAGUGUGGUAAAGCCUUUGCUCGUCACAGUACUCUUCAAUUGCAUGAAAGAACACAUACUGGAGAGAAACCCUAUCAAUGUAAUCAGUGUUGUAAGACCUUUGCUUAUCACAAUACUCUUCAAAGGCAUAAAAGAAUACAUACUGGAGAGAAACUCUAUCAAUGUAAUCAGUGUUGUAAAUCCUUUGCUUAUCACAAUACUCUUCAAAGGCAUAAAAGAACACAUACUGGAGAGAAACCCUAUGAAUGUAAUCAAUGUGGUAAAGCUUUUGCUCGUCAAAAUACUCUUCAAAUGCAUGAAAGAACACAUACUGGAGAGAAACCCUAUGAAUGUAAUCAGUGUGGGAAAGCAUUUGCUCGUCAUAGUUAUCUUCAAGGGCAUGAAAGAACACAUACUGGAGAGAAACCCUAUCAAUGUAAUCAGUGUUGUAAGUCCUUUGCUGAUCACAAAACUCUUCAAAGGCAUAAAAGAACACAUACUGGAGAAAAACCCUAUGAAUGUAAUCAAUGUGGUAAAGCUUUUGCUCGUCAUAGUACUCUUCAAUUGCAUGAAAGAACACAUACUGGAGAGAAACCCUAUGAAUGUAAUAAGUGUGGGAAAGCGUUUGCUCGUCAUAGUACUCUUCAAAGGCACGAAAGAACACAUACUGGAGAGAAACCCUAUGUAUGUAAUCAGUGUGGUAAAGCCUUUGCUAAUCACACUGCUCUUCAGUUUCAUGGAAGAACACAUAUUUGA